GAUGUUGCGUGGUUUUAUUCAUUGGAGUGGCGCUACGGUGAGAAACACGCCGUUCAGACUCAGACCAACUCCUCGUGGCACAGCCUGGCCGACUCUGGGCUACAAACAACGGCCGAGGGGAACCAGCCUGCGGGCGGAACGGGAAGCUUCUAACCGAGCGUGACUGAGAAACACGGAAACAUCCAGUGAAGAUGUCGGGGGUAAAGAAGAGAAACUCGAAUUCCUCCAUAAACAAGGAGGAAGACCAGCAAGUGAGUGAAAGGAUGCUGUCACCGACAACACCGACAACACCGACGGAGACGACAGAAACCGGAGCUCUUAUGCCCGGGGACAGUAGCAGUAAAGCGGCGGGAGGGGAGGAUGGGGUCGCCCUAAAGAGGACCAUCACGCUCAUGAACGGGGUGGCCAUCAUCGUGGGCACCAUCAUCGGCUCGGGCAUCUUCGUCACUCCCACCGGGGUAGUGAAGGAGGCCGGGUCCGUGGGGUUGUCCCUGGUGGUCUGGACGGUCUGUGGGGUCUUCUCCACCGUAGGAGCUCUGUGCUACGCCGAGCUGGGGACCACGAUCACGAAGUCUGGGGGAGAUUAUGCCUACAUCCUGGAGGUGUACGGGCCCCUACUGGCUUUCUUGAAACUGUGGAUAGAGCUGCUCAUCAUUCGGCCGUCCUCGCAGUAUAUUGUCGCGUAUGUCUUCGCCACAUACCUCCUGAAGCCUCUCUUCCCCGCGUGCCCAGUCCCGGAGAAUGGAGCCAAGCUGGUCGCGUGCCUUUGUAUCCUGUUGCUGACCUUUGUGAACUGCUACAGUGUGAAGGCAGCUACCAGAGUGCAGGACUUUUUUGCAGCAGCCAAACUCCUGGCCCUCGCUCUCAUCAUCAUCAUAGGAUUUGUGAAGAUUGGUCUAGGUGGCACAGAUGACCUGCUACCAGAGAAUUCCUUCCAACGCUCUAAAUAUGAUUUUGGCAGUAUUGGUCUGGCCUUGUAUAGUGGCUUAUUCGCUUAUGGUGGUUGGAAUUACCUAAAUUUUGUUACUGAAGAGAUGAUAGAGCCAUACAAGAAUCUUCCUCGCGCCAUCAUCAUUUCCUUGCCCAUAGUAACAGUCGUCUACGUUCUCACCAAUCUGGCCUAUUUCACCACCCUGUCCCCAGACCAGAUGCUCAACUCUGAGGCAGUGGCUGUGGACUUCGGGAACUGCUAUCUCGGGCCGAUGUCAUGGAUAAUCCCAGUAUUUGUUGGGCUGUCCUGCUUUGGAUCAGUCAAUGGCUCUUUGUUCACCUCCUCCAGGUUGUUUUUUGUGGGUUCUCGUGAGGGUCACCUGCCCAGUCUGCUGUCCAUGAUCCACCCCACUCUGCUCACCCCCCUGCCUUCUCUUAUAUUCACUUGUUUGAUGACCCUUCUGUAUGCCUUCUCCGAUGACAUCUUCUCAGUCAUCAACUUCUUCAGCUUCUUCAACUGGCUUUGCAUUGCUAUGGCCAUUUUGGGAAUGAUGUGGUUGCGUUAUAAGAAGCCUGAGCUUGAGCGUCCGAUUAAAGUGAACAUCCUUUUGCCAGUCGCCUUUGUAUUGGCUUGUCUGUUUCUCAUCAUUGUAUCAUUUUGGAAGACGCCGAUUGAGUGUGCUAUUGGCUUUGGCAUCAUUGCCACUGGACUUCCUGUUUACUUUUUUGGUGUGUGGUGGAAGAACAAACCCAAGUGGCUGCUCAAUGCCAUCUUCUCCACCACAGCCUUGUGUCAGAAGGUGAUGGAGGUGGUCCCCCAGGAGUCCUAACAUGUGGAGAUGUCCCAACCCAGUGCCCCCCACAGAGACUGGAGGUCUGAAGUGACGCUCUCGGCAUAUGACUUCAGAUAACCCCAGUGCCCUGACGCACUCUCGCCCCGGUCUGCGCUGUCCUGAUAAAAGACCAUGAUACAUCCAGUACUACACUCCGUUAUGAGAUGUUAAUAUAAUAUUUAGUUUCUAAUUACUUUGUAGGUAUUUUUACUGUGCAGUUUCAUUGUAUUGAUAUUUUUGUGUGUACAUUUUGUGAAUAAGUUCUUGUGUAAAGACCUGUCUGCUCUGGCAGCCUGUUGUAUUUAUCAAAUUGUGCCUUAUGUGGCAAAUGGAAUUACACUGUAAUGGUAAAAGCAAAAAAAUCAUUCUCAAUCCUCCGGUAACUGCUCUUAAAAGCAGUUUUAGCACUUGCCAGGGGUUUUGUGUUUGCCCCAGUGUCUGUUCUGCUGUAUAAACACAAUUAGUCUGGGUUGAGGCUACAUGAAAAUUGUAAGAUGCAUGAUGACCAUGUUUUGUUCAUUUUGUUUUGCUAGCCUUUUCUCUGUGGUGUUUAGAUGAGUUUUCACGUUUUUAGUCUUUUUACAUUUCCGUUACAUUCCCGGUGUAUGUUCAGUACGUUUAUUUUGGUUGUGUGAAUGACACUUGGGUAAAAUCAUUUCUCUGUCCACACUUCACAAACACACAUCUCCCGUCACACAUGGUCACAGCUGAAACAGAUGGACUUCUGUUUUUCACCACAGUGACAGUGGACAAAUAUCACAAGUAUAAUUGAAGAUAUUUGCAGAUAAGAGGGCCGCACCACAUGGGUUUGGGAACAGGACAAAAGUAAACCAACAGACACUUGUUACUUUCACCUAAAGAUUUCACAGGUCACUGUUACAAUGUUUUUUUUCUACAGAAAGUGUGGCUAUGGUCACUGAUAUGUGUGACAAUCAUCAAAGUUUUAAAUGGGAGAGUCUAGUUCAAGUAGACAAAAGCACUAAGCAAAAAUUCAUUUUUAACAUAAACACACCACAUCUUUACACAUAGCUGCUGUUCAUGAUACUUUCAUCUCCAAGGACCUAGAGUGUCCUGUCUAUAGAGACAUGUGAAGGCCACAGAGGCACUCACUUUAGAGGUCAAUCUUUUCUAACACUGGAGCCGGCUGCUCACUAACUCCUUAGACAAAUAGAGAUUUUUAUUUAUUUAUUUGUAGAAUACUUUGUGUUUUUUAGUCCCUAUACUUUGUUUACAGGGCAUUGAUGGAAGUGCUUUACAAAUAAAUUCCUUUUUCCA